AUGCCUGAUCUCCAUGUUGCCUCAGAGGCUAAAUUCCAGGAUGUGUUAUCUGUGCCUGCACAGUUCUCAAUUGCUCCUUCGGGCAGCCUUUCCGUCGCUGCAUUACUGCUUAUCAACCUGCCUACAUCCCCUUCGCUCCAGUUGCCCACGGACUUUGUUUCACGACCUGUUCCGCCAUUUCAAACAGCCUCGUCCCUUCGCAAUCGUGCUAGAGGUGCAUUUCGAGAUGGAGAUAAAUCAGUGAUCCAUCCUUCAUUCCCCAAUGACCCGCUUCCAAUGUGGGUCAUGUCAUACUGGGUUGCUAUGUCGCAUGCACUCGAGAAUCAGCGUGAUUGGCGCGCAUCCCAUGACUGGGUCUACGACAGAUUUGAUGUUGUUCCUACUGACGGACAAGAGUUGGAAAUUAUUGACGAGGUUCUAGAUGUCUUAGAGAGCCUUCCAUGGGAUGCCCCUCUCAAGGGAUUCGGUGCUCAGACAGAUCUGAGGAGCACCGAGCUCCAACCGCUGUUAGGAUCAUGUCCAAUUCACGGUCGUGUUUUGGACAGCAUGAUUGCUGUAGUGGUCCAGCAUAUGCAAGCAUCAGAGGAUGAAGACCUCCAGUCUGUUUCGGUCGAAUCUCUUGACUUUGCAGAUAUCCUUUGGCUUAGCGAUAAACGGUGGAAGAGCUACGAGACGGACAAGGCUUUUGUUCACCUUCGUACCAUUGGCUCUGCAUUACGCGAGGGUGCACUUCAUCGUAUCCUCCUUCCCAUCAAUAUCGACAAUGUUCAUUGGGCUGUUAUCGAGGUCGAUGCUACAAACCAAAGCAUCUCCUAUGCCGACUCCCUUGGCUGGAGUUGGCCUAACGAAGACAUUGAUGCCAUACAUCGUUGGCUGGGCUAUCAUGGUUUUGCCAAAUUCAACCGGGCGACCACACUCCAGCACGGCAAACAGCUCGACUCGUUCUCAUGUGGUAUCGCAGCUCUAAACACUAUCAAGCAUGCCUUGUUUCAAGAUCCGUUGUUCACUGCCAAUAGAGCUUUUUCCCUCCGUAUGGAGGAAUUUCUUAAUAUCGUUUAUGAUCACCUCGAGCUCUCCGAUCCCAACGACGACCCAAAUGACAGCUCAUAUUCAGACAGUGAUGAUGUCGAGAUACAAGAAACUCAGCUACCAUCCCCCCCAACUCUGCCUACGCAUCAUCCACAGCAAAAACCAAAACUCAACCUCCGUGCCACCAACGCAGAUCUGAGCACCGGUCUGUUCAAGUUUUUCUUGACGGUUUCACGCGAUGAGCAUUUAAAGCUUGCCUGGAAGCCUUCCACUCGGGAGCUCAAGGACCGGGAUCAGCAGGAGCAGGCCCGUUGCCAGGAAAAGUUCGAUGUGUUUGAGAAGGCUGCUCGAAAGCGUGAAAUGGCAGCUGAACGUAAGAGAAAACAGCGAGCCCGUGAAAAAGAUGCCAAGCAGAAACCCACCGUAGAAUCUGUUCUUCAUGAUCAUACUCCCCAACCGCUAGCAGUCACCAUUGCUGAGGCUUCACGUCCAUACCGUCAAUUGCGAAGGCAUGCUCGCAGCAUGCAAAAAUGUAACUCGGGCCGGAAGCGCAAGCGGGAGGACACAGAGGCUCGUCAUGUCAACUGGCAGAGCCCUCUUUUAUGGCCGACCAUCGAAACAGCUGCCAUUCGUGUCGGCUAUGGAAUGUCACCGAUUGAGAUUGAGCGCGAGCUUAAGCGAGUCGAUCCCUCCCGCUUUCAUGGUAUUUCUGCCCAAGUUAUAGGAAGGUGGAUUGACCAAAGUGGGACACGGCCAGUAUGGCGUGCCAGUGUCCUCGCUCGUGUUCAAAAGGGCAACCUUCCCUUGACGACUGCAACACCACCAGGCAUCCUUGCAAAGUAUCCUGAAGUCACGAAGACCAUCAUCGAAGAUCUCCGUGCUCUGCGUGCAGUUGGCGUGGCUUUGGAUACAAUGCGUUGUCGUGGUGUAAUCAUUGCUCGCAUCACUGUCUCUUGCCCAGAAAUCUUCGAGGCCACCGCCAAGGAUGGCUCAAAAUUUCGAUGUACUGAGUCUUGGGUCAAGAAAUUCGUACAUCGAACUCUCAAUUGGACAUUCCGUCGUGCCACUCGCGCUGCACAAAAGACCCCUUCCAAUGCUGAUCAACUCUGUCUGGACCAAUUUUAUCGUCUGACCUUAACUAUCCGUGAUUGUGCGAUCUUCGAUGCUUCCUUCUAUGUCAACAUUGACCAGACCAACAUCGUGUAUCAACCUGCGAACACCGCUACUUACGAGGAAGUUGGUUCCAAGCAAGUCGCAGUGAUUGGACAGGAAGAAAAACGAGCAUUCACUGUGCUCGUUGGCAUCUCUGCCUCUGGGGAUGCUCUUCCAUUCCAGGUCAUCUAUUGUGGCAAAACUGCUCGUUCACUCCCCUCGAAAACCACACAACAAUUCAAGGACGCACAAGACUUGGGCUUUGAGCUGUGCUUCUCCAACACCGAUACCUAUUGGUCAACAUUCCAGCUCAUGUGCGAUUAUGUUCGCAAUAUUCUAGUUCCCUACUGGACAAGGCAGAAGGAGCUCGUUGGGGCUCCUGAUGACCAGGAAUGUAUCCUACAGCUGGAUGUUUGGUCAGUACACAAGUCUGUGCAGUUUCGCACUUGGCUUGAUCAGCAGUACCCAUGGAUCAAGUACCGCUUUGUUCCUGGCGGCUGCACCGGAAUUGCUCAGCCAUGUGAUGUUGGCGUCCAACGCCCAUUCAAGCUUGCCAAAGACGAAGCUGCACAUGUCAUCCGACUCGACACAACAUUACCCACACUCCGUGAUAGAUCUUUACAGUGGCUCAUCAACGGUUACCAUGCUAUCAACAAGCCUGACGUGGUCAAACAGUCGUUUUUUCAGUGUAAGGCUGGUACAACAUUCAAUCUCUCGUUCGAGAGCCUCACCAGUCGUGAAGCGCUUCAUGCACUACGUGAUGUGCAAAAAAACGACACCAUGACUUGGGAACGCAUCAAAACGGCUCAAUAUAAGACUCCCGAAGCCGACGAAGAAGUAGAGCCACCCUUCACGCAUGCUGCAGAUGUCGAGCUUGAUCCUAGCGAUGUUUCGGUGGAUACGGUUCUGCAACACAUUGCAUUGGGUGAAUCAUCUGUCCCUCAUGGCUAUAGCACUGAUGAUUUGGGUAAUUUGCUGGUGGACAAUGAGUCGGAGAGCUAUGAGCGAGGGGUACUGGAUGACAUGAUAGGGCUCCAAUCUACAGCUGAUGGGUCUACAGAGGUUGAGGCUGAGGGCCGUGGCAAGCGCAGACGUGUUGCGAACACUCAGUACAAAGACUUUUGGAUGCAUUAG